GUGUUACUCGAAAUUAUGCACUGAAAACAGGAAAGCUGUCAACACCAUAUAAGCUCUCGAAAUCCUCUGAGAGAUAAGCUCCGUGCGUUUGUUCAAAAUGGAAAAACAGGCCGAUAUCUUCUAUCGCGAACUUCCAAAAGUGGAGCUCCACGCUCACCUCAAUGGCUCCGUCAGCUUCCAGACCAUCGAGAAGCUUAUUGCACGCAAGGCUCAUCUUAACAUCGAGCACAACAUGACCGCCAUCCGCAACGGCCAGCGGAGGACAAUGGACGAGUGUUUUCGAGUUUUUAAGGUGAUCCAUCAACUGGUGGACACAGAGGAGGAUAUUUUUAUGGUGGCCAAAGAUGUUGUGAAUGAGUUUGCAGCUGACGGAGUCAAGUAUUUGGAGCUCAGAAGUACACCAAGGGAGGAGAUAAAAACAGGACUGACCAAACGGAGAUAUGUAGAGACUGUUCUUGAAGCCGUCAAGCAAUGUAAAGGCGACGGCGUAGAUAUUGAUGUCAGGUUCCUAGUUGCAAUCGAUCGAAGGAACGGAACUGAGGUUGCGAUGGAGACUGUGAAACUGGCGGAAGAGUUCAUGCUGUCCACAGAUGGCUUAGUGGUGGGGCUCGACCUGAGUGGAGACCCAACGGUGGGCCAUGGCAGAGAUCUACUCCCGGCCCUGGUGAGGGCCAAGAACUGUGGACUGAAGCUUGCGCUCCACCUGUCAGAGGUCCCCUCCCAGUUGGAGGAGACUGAGCUGCUGUUAACUCUUCCUCCCGACAGGAUCGGCCACGGCACGUUUUUGCAUCCCGACGUAGGCGGAUCUCAGACCCUGGUUGAUGCAGUGGUGAAGAAUAACAUACCACUGGAGCUCUGCUUGACGUCUAAUGUCAAAGGUCAAACGGUGCCGUGUUACUCCGAACAUCACUUCAAGUUCUGGUAUCAGAUGGGACAUCCUAGUGUGAUAUGCACUGACGAUAAGGGAGUCUUCAGCACCGAUCUAUCUCAGGAGUAUGAGCUGGCGGCGACCACGUUCGGGCUGAGCCAUGAGGACGUGUGGAAGCUCUCCCAGCAAGCCAUAGAUUGUACUUUUGCCCCAGAGACCCUGAAGCAGCAGCUGAGGCAGAGGUGGAUUGACCUACGACCUCGUGUUUUCCGAUGACAUGUCAUGGAGUCCUGCCCAACGCCAUUUUAACCUCUGUCCAAACUUUUUAUUACAAAAAAGGGAAUUUGAUUCUCAUAGACAUUAAUGAUAGGCAAUGCUCUGAGGAGUUAUGGUACCAGUCAAUCCUUUCGUACAAAUUUCCUUUGUUUUUUAUGGUUUAUGUGUAUUCUGUGUUGACUAGACUUGUGGUUAUUGGACAACAGCGCAAACAUUGCUCCACGAGUGUAUAAAAUAUAUAAGUUCAUUGGUCCAACAUCAAAACUCAUCUCUUCUUUCCAAAUUUGGCCUUUUUGCCACCGCCCUUCUUCAAUUUGCCGUGUUUUGGCUCCUCUGGAACUUCCACAUGGCUUUCCACAUCCAGCUUCCUCUUCUUGUCGCUGUGGGUAGUGCAAGAGUGUUAAAAUCCUACAUUUGCACAGCAGAAAUGUGUUCAAAACAACUCUUAAACCCCACAUACCUCUUUAUACUGACGACAGCCGGGUUCCCCGCCUUCUUCAAGACAUGGUCCCACUCGUCAUCGUUUCCACGGAUCUUGUACCUUAAGCAGAAAGGAAAAGUGAGUUUCAAUGGGCUGGGAGAAUUAAUCAAUUACAGCAGAUACACCAAUACAAUGAUGCUUUUUGUGUGGAGCUGCUGAUUUAGAGGGAGAAUUCCCCACAAACACUGCCCAUGGCUUGUACUACUCACUCUUCAAAGUUCAGCUCCUUGAUUUUCUCCAGGUCUUGCUUGUGUUUUUCGUCGAACUCCUUGGCAGCCUCAUUCUGCCAAGGAAGAGGGCAGGGGUUGAGUGGCAGGACUUUAAAAUGAUUUCGCAGAAUGAUAACAAACAAAUACGUUGAAAUACCAGAUCAUCUGUCAGACUCCCGACUGUCGGCUCCAUGGUGAUUUCUUUCGACGCCACCAUCUCUGCUUCGACAGCCUGCUCUUGCACGUUGCUGAAAACCUAGGAGAGGUAAUAAUAUCUGUGACCAUGUGGUUCCAACGCCUCUCUUAAAACAGAAUCAACUCCGAACACAAUGUUAGCUUAACACCCAGGGGCGACUCCAGGCGCCCACUCACCUGCACGAUCUUGCGAAUCAGGCGGUUGAACAGACCCAUGAGCUGUGUGCCUGGCAGCUCAAUCUCCUUCUCCAGCUGAUUCACUGUCUUGUGCUGCAGCCCGACGCCCAACAGCAGCGCCUGGACGGACCCAAGAGGACUGUGAACACUCCAUGGCACACUCUUUUUACAUAGAUAACUUUUCUCUGUUUGUUUGGGCCUCUGUCCAGUUAAAAUAAAUGAUCUAAUAAUUUAUUUUCGGUAACUGAAAAUGCCGCCAUUGACAAAACCUUCCUGAGCGGGUCUCUCAAAACCAAGAUGUGCAUUUAAGUGGACAGCUGACAA